CGGCGGGCGCGGCGGCGGCGGGGCCGGGACCAGGGCCGGGGCCGGGGCGGGCGGCGUGGGGGCGGUAUGAGGGCCGGCGGCCCGGGGGGCUGAGGCGCCCGCCGCCUGCCGCGGGGCCGCACGCGUCCUCCAUGGAGGCCGGAGAGGAACCGCUGCUGCUGGCUGAGCUCAAGCCCGGGCGUCCCCACCAGUUCGAUUGGAAGUCGAGCUGCGAAACCUGGAGCGUGGCCUUCUCCCCAGAUGGUUCAUGGUUCGCGUGGUCUCAAGGACACUGCAUCGUCAAGCUGAUCCCCUGGCCGCUGGAGGAGCACUUCAUCCCUAAAGGGUUUGAAGCCAAAAGCCGGAGCAGCAAAAAUGACACAAAAGGGCGAGGCAGCCCAAAGGAGAAGACUCUGGACUGUGGGCAGAUUGUCUGGGGUUUGGCCUUCAGCCCGUGGCCUUCUCCACCCAGCAGGAAGCUCUGGGCACGCCACCAUCCCCAGGUGCCAGACAUCUCUUGCCUGAUCCUCGCUACAGGACUCAAUGAUGGGCAGAUCAAGAUUUGGGAGGUGCAGACAGGGCUCCUGCUUUUGAAUCUUUCCGGCCACCAAGAUGUUGUGAGAGAUCUAAGCUUCACGCCCAGCGGCAGUUUGAUUUUGGUGUCAGCAUCUCGGGAUAAGACUCUUCGCAUCUGGGACCUGAACAGACAUGGUAAACAGAUCCAGGUGUUAUCGGGCCACCUGCAGUGGGUUUACUGCUGCUCUGUCUCCCCGGACUGCAGCAUGCUGUGCUCUGCAGCUGGAGAGAAGUCGGUCUUUCUGUGGAGCAUGCGGUCCUACACGUUAAUCCGGAAGCUAGAGGGCCACCAAAGCAGUGUUGUCUCUUGUGACUUCUCACCUGACUCCGCCUUGCUCGUCACGGCUUCUUACGAUACCAACGUGAUCAUGUGGGACCCCUAUACUGGCGAGAGGCUGAGGUCACUCCACCACACCCAGCUUGACCCCCCCAUGGACGACAGUGAUGUCCACAUUAGCUCCCUGAGGUCCGUGUGCUUCUCUCCCGAAGGCUUGUACCUCGCCACGGUGGCGGAUGACAGACUCCUCAGGAUCUGGGCCCUGGAACUGAAAACUCCAAUCGCAUUUGCUCCUAUGACCAAUGGUCUUUGCUGCACAUUUUUUCCACAUGGUGGAGUUAUUGCCACAGGGACAAGAGAUGGCCACGUCCAGUUCUGGACAGCUCCGAGGGUCCUGUCCUCACUGAAGCACUUAUGCCGGAAAGCCCUUCGAAGUUUCCUAACCACCUACCAAGUGCUAGCACUGCCGAUCCCCAAGAAAAUGAAAGAGUUCCUCACAUACAGGACUUUUUAAGCCACGCCCCCACAGUCUCAUACUUGUUUUCUUGGUAGCAGGAUAAACCUCCCUGGCAGGGGAGCAGCUGGAACCAGGGGCCAGUCGUCAGGUCUUGGCUCCGAAGAUCAUUUCUUUUUGGGACUGUGAACAGAAUGUAGCGAAACCAGAUACCAGUGGACUAGUCACCAGGGAUUUUCUCCGUGACAUGGGAGGUCAGUCACAGAGGGGGACUCCGGCUCCGCGACAGCUGAGCCUUCCCUUAAAUCCUGAGUCCGCUUACAGACGGCAGCGCCCAGCACCUUUUAAAGUCAUGGUUUUGAUUCAAGCGCAGUUACUCAUGUUGAUUCGGUAAGAAGGGUCAGCAGGCCUCAGGAGCCUCUGUGUCGGGGCGGAGUUGGGUCCCUCGACUGGCAAGCGUGGCUUCUGCCCCGUACUUAAACGUUGUCGUGUUUCACACACAGUGGUGACACUGUUCUGAAGUUCUCUCCUGCUGUGUCAGAGUGGCUUUGAUAUUGGCAAGUGCCGUCCUCCCUCUGGCUCCCCUCAGACCGGCAGGACAAAGUUUUCACGGAGCCGUGUGCCGUGAGGUAUUGACUAAAUUGCAGCUGACUCAGAGGCCGUGCUCCCGACUGAUACACUAUAAAUGGCUUUUUUUUUUUUUUUUUUUUAACAGUGGUGUGCAUGUGCAGGCGAUGACAGAUGUGUAUGUCCGGUCCCACACAGAUGUCCCCCUAAACUGCAUGACUGUUCAGAUGGCCACCGCGUUGCAGGUGUUUGCCAUUUGUAGCAUAUUUAUUUGUAUUUUCUCAGCAGAUGUUAAGGUACAACUGUGUUUCCCUCCAUGGUAUCUAAAAACCAUAGUUGUUAAGCCGA